AUGUAUCCUCUUGGAAUGAGUCUCAGGACCCUGCAAGAGUUGCAGAAGGAUAAUGUCUUCCAGCAGACUCUUGUCACGACUGCCCUCGACCAAACACUACUGGGUGUGAACUAUCUGCACGACGCCAACGUGAUUCAUACUGAUAUUCACUUUGAUAACCUUUUCAUUGCUUUGACCGACGACUCGAUUCUCUCCACAGUCGAGGAUAACGAGCUUCACCGACCCUCAGCACGAAAAUACGUUGACGACGCCGUCAUUCACAUAUCUCAGUACCUGUUAGGAGGUGCUGGUGACCUCACAGUUUGCGACCUAGUUCAAGUACGCAUAGGAAAUGUGCACUGCACCGCGGAAGUGAAAUGUCGGUGCCGUAUCGCGCUCCCGAGGUCAUUCUCGGCAUGA